CCGAAGGUGACUGGCCCUUUGUCGUCAUUACGUUUUUCCCGGCAAAAGUGCGACGGGAUGACUCACGCACACGGCGAUCGCGUGCCCGCUACCUGUGAAUCACCGGCACCUGUGUCCCGCCGCCGCGAGUGCUCGUGACCAUCACCACUCUCAUCAGUCAUCAUCAGUACAGUUACGUCCGUCCCGUAGUCGAGUUUCGUGUGCUUCCGCCAAUUUUCUUUUUGUUUCCUCGACUCCCCGACUUGCCCCGCCGAUUGUUCGACAUAUUCACGCCAUGGCCGUUUUCAGAUCUGGAUGUAUUCAGUGUUAAAAAAAAAUCAUAAAAUGAAUAAUUUAACUAAUGAAUCUGAAAUUGAGUUAAAACAAGAUCUUAAGAAACUAUCAUUAGAAGAACUUCGUAAAUUAAAAGAAAAAAUUGGAAAUGAAGUUUACCAAAAUGCAACAACUAAAAAACCAAAAUUAGAUUUUCAUCCUAAACCGGUUAAACGAGAAAACAAAAACAGACCAUCUGAAAUAUCAUCUAAAGUGGACCCUUCUUUGAAUCUUGUCAAAAAGUAUAAACCUAAAAUUAAAACCAAAGUUGAAGAAACUAAAAGUAUUGAUCCUAGAUUUGAUUCUCUGUAUGGUGAAUUUGAUAAACGCAUUUUUGAACGAAAUUACAAAUUUUUAAAUGAUGUCAAAGAAAAAGAAAAAAAAAAGCUACGGAAGAAGUUGAAACAGAAGAGUCAUGAUGAGAAAAAUGAGCAGGUUAAAUUAUUAUUACAAAGAAUAGAAAAUCAAGACAGAGAAAAACAAAAAAUGGAAGCUCAAGAAAAAUUAAAAUUGGAACAGAAACAAAAGAGAUUAGAUGCUGUUAAAGAUGGUAAAAAACCUCAAUUUUUAAGGAAACGUGAAUCAAAAAUAUUGCAAUUGGUUGGACAAUAUGAAGAUUUAAAAUCUCAAGGAAAACUCAGCAAGCAUAUUAAACAGAAGAGAAUUAGAAUUAUUGGGAAUGAAAAGAAAACAAUGUUCAACAAUUCAAUGGAAUAAUAAAUAUAUAAUUAUCAUUAUUGAUUCAUAAAUAAUUUUUGACAUUUAAAUAUUUGAUUGAGUAAUAUAAUAAUGUCUUUCUUAUAUUAUA